CCAACCAGCCGUGAAACGGUCUUCAAUUGACGAAAUUUUGUAGCUUCCAUUUAAUCAUGUCGUUAUUAGAAGUUAUUGUUGACACAGCUUAAAGUAAAUUGAAAACAAAACAAAAAAAAGCCCUAAGAGAGCAUUUUAACCUCAUCGAUAGCAGCUCAAAGAGUACUGUGAAAUGGUAAGCCUCUAAAAUGAAGACUGAAAGAAAAAGAACAAAACGAAAAGAACGGAUUUACAAUUUAUAAGGAACGGAUGGGAUCAUAAUCUUGACUAAAACCAAAAAGUGUUUUGCCGAGAAACAACAGUAAACUAUGACAUACGCCGCAAAACUAUGGUGGGAAAACAGCCGCGUCUUCAACCAGGCUGUACUGUAAAUACAAGUGUCGAAUACGAGUUUUAUAGUUUUUGUUCUGUCCUUCUACUGUUUCUUUACAUUUGAGAUAUCUGCAGCUCGGCUUCUGAAUUUGUUUAACAAUGACGCCUGCCUAUUAAAGACAUUAAUCGCUAUGAAUUCAGCGGUAUGUGCACGCCCAGUUUCAAGUGUAAAGUUUCGCCGCUGUGCUAAUCAUUGCAUCAUAACAUUGUCAUAAAAAGGCCGAAUCUGCAACAAGGCCAAAAUGGAAUUUGUGUAGAACGAUGAAUGAAGCCAUGUUUCAUAACAACACCUCAAGCACCUCGACGCCUUCGGAGAUAAACAUUUACUCUCGGCUAAGCCCUACAUUUUAUCUUUGUCUCGUCAUUUUGGAUGCCUUACUCGCUUUUGUGAUCACUUCAGGAAAUUUUCUGCUGCUUGUUACAAUCUACCGCGAUCCUUUCCGAUGCCUGCGAACACCAACAACCUUUCUCAUCGCAAAUCUCGGGGUAGCCGACUUCUUAGUUGGAGCUGUCAUAGGAUUCGGUCGUACAGUGGAAAUGUAUUUCCUAUAUCUCGGUCAACAAGAACCGCCAUAUUUAAAUACCUUCCAAUAUUUCGUAGGCGGUUUGGCCUUGUUUGCAGCUGUUUGUUCGUUUAUGGCGAUGUCGUGGGACCGUUUCGUUGCAGUUACAGACCACUUGAACUACAAGGGCAGGGUAACAGUGAGAAAAGUGAAGUUCUGCAUUGUUGGAAUUUGGCUGAAUGCGCUCUUUUUGGCUGUGUUGCCCGCCGCUGGCGUGAGAAAGGUGAAUUUUCUCUUUGCCUAUUGCUACUCGCAUGUUGUGUUGCCCGCAAUCGUUCUAACAGUCAUGUACAUUGUGAUCUUCAGAACGUUAUCUCAAAAACUUCGGAACAUAGAACAGCAAGUGUCUUCAGGGAAUUCGUCGAUUGAAAAGCGGCGAAAUUUAUAUCGGGAGCGAAAAUUGCUACUUGCGAUUUUUCUUGUGUUAAUUGUGUUUUACGCUUGUUUUACUCCAUAUUUCGUGAAAGUACAUCUGUGGUUUUUCUGUGAAGGGUGCGAAAAGAGCGCCUCAUUUUUAACAUAUCACUUUGUAUCAAAUGAUAUUUUGUCUCUUUCUUCGCUAUUAGACCCUGUUAUUUACGCUUGGCGGCUACAGCGCUUUCGUAAAACGUUUUUGAGAGUGCUGUGUUUGAAAAGAAACGUUACGGUUGAACAGUCUGUCUUGAAAGCAAGCUGAUGUGUUCUUUUCGUGAUCAACAAGUGAACAAAACGCUAACCAAAUGAUGUUGUAUCCCCUUUACUGUUAUUCUGACCUUAAUAAACGAACAUCUUUUCGUAUAAAUUUUGUAUGAUAUUGAGUUUUUUUCAUGUUUUGAAAAUCUAUAUUGGAAAGACCAUUUUCCAUAAAGCAGAAUACAAAAAUAUCUGCUGUACCUGCUGUUUAAACUUAAGUAGUAUUUUGUUGAUUUGUGUGCGUUUGACAAAUCAGUUUUUGAUUGACCCAACAAAAGUUGUGUUAAUGUGAGAAAUAAUAAUAAAAAACCCGCAUACGUAGUAAUUUUCUGGGAAAUAAUCAGUGACAGAUCUCUCCAAUUACUUUUUAAUAUUGCACGUCCAAUAAUUUAAAAGUUUAUUCCGUUGAAAGGAAAUGAACUUGUGAUAUGUGGGGAUUCUACUAAAACUAUACUAUACUAAAACUCAAAGCCGGCGUUUUCAAAUUCCUCUGGUUUGAAGAGCGUUUUCGAAGAGCUCCGUUUUC